AACAGGGCCAAUAAUGGCGUCCAAAUCGUAGGUUGUCGGGACUCUCUUUUAAGGGACUCAGGAAGAAAACACAAGUCACCUGUGACAUCAAGAUCAAGAAAAUCAACAACACUCGCACGUGUAGCUUGACCAUUCCACGGAAGGAGAACAGUCGACUGAUGAAGUGCUGCAGUGGAGCGUUUGUUCUCUAUGGGCAAGGACAUCUUGAGGGCCAAGAGAUCAUCCCUGUCUGAUGAAAACUUUGACAUGCUAAUUUUCAUGAAGGGCAACAUGCAUCUCAUGAACAAAAUGGAGAAUGAGAAGAAGAGGAAAAAUUAAAUUAGUCAUCCCAAAAUUCUUUCAAAGAGUCAGCAAGCACCAUUUAAUCAGGCAUGUUGACCUCAGCUGCCAUUCAAAGCAGACAGAGGCAACUGUUGCUACAGGCAGUCCGGCAGGCUCCAGUACUAAAUGUACUAUGUAAAUCCUACUGUUUGAGAUUGUUACAUUUAGAUAAAACAGCAAGGCACAUCAUUCUAUCACAACAUGAUAUUGAAGAGGGCAAGUUUAAAGGAGAGGAACUCCCUGAUUCACUGUUGGGCUUGACAGACCCAAAGAUCCUUUACAGUUCCUAUGUCAAGGAUAGCAUAGCCAAAGUAGACCCUAAAAUACUUCACAGUAUUGCAAGAAGGGUAAAAUUAGAAGAAAAACAGAGGAUAAGGGAGCAUGCCAUGCCUCUUAUUAUACAGAAAAAUAUAGUAAAAUCUGAGAGUUACAGUGAAUUGAAUAGUCAAAGUAAUAAGGAGUUGAAAGUUUUUUAUCCUUAUGCCCAUGUAGAGCAAAUUGAUAUUCCUAAAAGUAACUUGGAAUGUUCAGACUCAGAGGACUUUUUGAAACCCCAACUCAGUGUUCAGGAAGAGAUUGCCUUGAGAAUGGACGCCUAUGAAGAUGGCGUACUUGAGCAACUUGAUGAACCAAAAGGGAACCUUGUUAAAGAUCAAUGCAACAAUGAUUUAAAUGCAGACAGCUUGUUAGAAGAUGAAGAUUCUCAGCUUCAAUUGCUGAUUGAGCAACAAGGCUCAGCAGACCCUGACUACCCAGUGAGUAAUGUGCCAUGUGGAGGAUGUGGGGCCCACCUCCAUUGCCAACAGCCAUCCCUGAUAGGGUUCAUCCCAAAAGAACUCUUUGAAGAACGUGACGAUGGUGAAUUGCGUAACCUCCUGUGUCAACGCUGCUACUUCAUGCGGUUCCACAAAACAGCUCUCAAUGUGCGGGUGGACCCAAAGAUGUACACAAAGCUGCUGGAGCCCAUCAAAAUGAAGAGGGCGCUAGUGCUGCUGGUGGUGGACCUCCUAGAUGUUCCAUGUUCCAUAUGGCCGAAAAUAAUGGACAUAAUAGGAACCCAGAAACCUGUAGUGGUUGUGGGCAACAAAGUGGACCUUCUCCCAGCUGAUGGCAUCAAUCAUCUCCGGAGAGUAAAACAUUCCCUCAUCAGGGCCAUUGAAAAGACUCCACUCAGCCAGUCCUUCAUCAAACAUGUGGCACUGGUCUCAGCUCACACAGGAUAUGGAAUUGAAAGCCUGAUUACUCAUAUUCAAGGUUCCUGGGCCACUAAAGGAAACAUUUACAUUGUGGGAUGCACAAACUCUGGAAAGUCCACCUUGUUUAAUGCUCUGCUUGGGUCAGACUUGUGCAAAACAACUGCAUCCAGCCUCAUUCGACGUGCCACUGUGUCACCUUGGCCAGGAACCACUCUUGGUAUGCUCAAGUUUCCCAUCCUUCGUCCAUCUGGCCAAAUGCUGCACCUCCGAACACAGAGACUGAAGGAGCAGCGGAAGAUGCAGCCUGAUGGUGGAAAGCCAAAAUACACUAAGAACAUUCUUAUUGGAACACUUUCAGGACACAUUGGGAGGACUUUGGAGAAGAAAGAGGACAUGUUAGAGAAGAAGGAUCCUUUUUCAACUAAUAUGAGGAAGCUUCCCACUGAAGAGCCCAAACCUAUCAUGGGUAUCAACCCUUCCCAUGAGCAGUAUUCCCUCAGCAAGUGGUGCUAUGAUACACCUGGGACAGUGCAGCCAGAACAGCUGAUCAACCUUUUGACACACGAUGAGUUGAUGAAAGUCCUGCCCCGCCAACUUCUGCGCCCAAGGACCUUCUGCCUCCAGCCUGGCCACUCCAUCUUCCUGGCUGGGCUGGCACGUCUUGACCUUCUCUACAGCCCCAAGUCAGUUAGGUUUACUGUCUUCAGGUCUGAGUGGCUCCCUCUGACUAUCACCAAGACAGUUGAUGCAGCCUCUACCUAUUCCCGUUACCUUGGCUCCUCUCUGCUCGGGGUGCCUUCAGAAGGAGAGGAGCGCCUGAAAUGUUGGCCCCCACUACAGCCUGUUAACUUGAGGACACACUGCCACAACAAACUUGAAAGCUGUGCUGAUGUGGUUCUCUCUUCAGCAGGUUGGGUGUCGCUGACGGGCUUCACUGAGCAGCAGGUGAUAGAGCUUCGAGCGUGGACACCAGGAGGCCGCGGGAUACACCUCCGUGAUCCACCACUUCUGCCCUUAGCUGUUAACCUUCGGGGUCGCCGUAUAGGAAAGUCCUUAGCUCAUCGACCCCACAAGAUAUUUGUGCCAUAAUAGAACAGUAGCUAUAUAAGGCGUAAGUUUGUGGAAUGUUUAUGGCAGUGUUGCCAGGAUUCCACCUGUAGAAGUGUAUGUAAAUAAACAUCUGAUUGUCAAUAA